AUGCAACCUGUGGACUCCCACCAUGGAUGGGGUCUAUAUUACCCACCGAUCGGCUGCCCCGCCAAGCCACUGUUACAAGUGGCAUAUUCAGAAUCAGCGAAGAAGCUGGAAUCUGAUGUGAAGUCUUGGCUAAAUCCCGGGGAAGAGGGCGCCAAUGUGACACUGACGCUUCAGAUAGACCCAACAAAGCCUACCAGAGAGCGCGUCACAAGACAUUCUAUGCAAUCGAGAGGGAUUGAGAACACACAGAUAAUUAUCCUGAAAAGUGAUGACGAACAUGUCAAAGUCAGCUGUGAUCCUCUGGUGAUCCCAUUCGACUUGAUUUUUCGACGGAAACCAAUUGGUGGAUAG